UGAGGAGGCUGGGAUUUCACUCUUGACUGAAUGAGGUAUGAUGUUUCCUCCUGCCAAUGUGACUGCGUGUCACUGCUUUCUGUGAUGUGUUUCAGUACUUCCGUGUGUUUGUGUCUGAAGGAAGCCCCGCUCAUGAUGGUGCGGCUGCAUUGAGGACACAUCUGGAGUAAAUCACCCUGAGCACGAGCUGAAACCUGUCCGUCAGACUCCGGAGCCGGAGAUGCAUCAGGGACGCCUACGCUUACGGCCCUGGCUGGAGGAACAGAUCGAUUCGGGCAGAUAUCCUGGAGUCGUGUGGCUGGACGAGUCGGCCAGAGUUUUCCAGAUUCCCUGGAAACAUGCGGCCCGGCACGGCUGGAAUAUCGAGAAGGACGCGACUCUGUUCCGAAACUGGGCGAUCCACACAGGGAGAUACAAACCUGGCAUAGACAAACCCGAUCCCAAGACAUGGAAAGCAAACUUUCGAUGCGCACUCAAUUCCCUGACGGACGUCAAAGAGCUUCAAGACAAAAGCAUCAAGAAAGGCCACAACGCUUUCAGAGUUUAUAUUCUCCUUCCACACAGCAAAACAAUAAAGAGACGCAAAGCAUUGAGGUGUUUGGAGACCGAUAGUAAAGCAGCGUCACCUCCACCACCAACACAAAGGAACAUCCCGCUGGAGAGAUUUACAGAGGCCUUCUGGAAGUUCACAGACGAUCGAGGCGGUUCCACGACUGAAGCGCUGAGAAAAGAUGAUCUUCCCAAGUGUGUUGAGGAGGAGAGACCAGCCAUCUACUGCUCACAGGGACUGCAGCUGAACAAAACAGAUGAGCACGAGCAAACAGAAGCAGUGCUGAAGAUUGUGGAUCACCUGAAGAACUUGGAUCACUGGAGUCCGCCAUAUGAGAGCGACAGAGGCUGGAGACAGAACUCAAUGUGGAUGGGAUGCCUGUGUGAGACGAUGGAAUCUUCAGGUUACUCCUUCCAGACAGACUGUAAUAUUCACAAUACCUCAUCAGGCCAAUACGACUAGAUCAACCCAACCAGCAGGUUCAUACUUCAACAUCUGCUUUUUUCAACAGAAGGAAAUGCACAUUAAUUAACGGACACGUUGAUUAAAGGACAGUGAAAUGUUUCCUGAAUGAUUGUCACUGCUAAUAGUGACACAAUGUUCCCAGAGGAGAUAUCAGCCAUUUUAAUUUUGUUUUUCAAGUCUUUAAAUAAAGUUAAUGCUGUGUGUUAA